GUUCCGUUUGGAGAUCUCAUGACAUUCCUCAGCUUUCCCUGUUAUCGGCAUCAAGACUCUCCUGUUUGAGAUUAAAGUACAAUAGAUAGUCGAGAGAUUACACAGAACGGAAAUGGCAGACGCAAAGUUCUUCACAAGGGGUAAAACCCAAGAAUUGAGGGAUGAACUACGUCAGGCCAACGAUAAACGUGACAAGGGGUAUGUGAAGAAAAAGGUGGUGUUGAAGAAAGUGGUAGCGAAUAUGACUAUGGGUAAUGAUGUGUCAUCUCUUUUUCCCGACAUUGUACAAUGCAUGUCUGUCCAAGUACUCGACAUCAAGAAAAUGGUAUACUUGUUCAUGGUGAAUUAUGGAAGAACAAGACCAGAAGAAAUCACUACUGCCAUAUCUGGUUUUCUAUCAGAUGCUGAAGAUAGAAAUCCACUCAUACGUGGACUGGCAAUACGAACCAUGUCGUCCAUACCUUUACCACCUAUAAUACACGCCAUGAUCGAUCCGCUGAGUCAUGCUUUGCAGGACCAGGAUCCUUACGUUCGAAAGACCGGGGCGAUAGCAGUCGCCAAGAUAUAUGCUUCAGAUUACGGUCGUAAAGUUGUGGAGAAGGAAGGGUUCGUAGCCAUGCUCAGAGAUCUGCUGGCAGAUGCCAACCCUACGGUUGUCGCUAAUGCUGUCGCUGCUCUGGUGGAGAUAUCCGACCGGUCCGAUGAUAUAUCACUUCGAUUGAAUGCCACCGUAGCUGGCAAACUGGUUGCCGCUCUCGGCGAAUGCUCAGAAUGGGGCCAGAUCUACAUUCUCGAUUCCCUCCUGUCGUUUGUCCCACAAUCACACAUGGACGCAGAGCAACUUGCAGAACGAAUCUCAGUCCGUUUACAACAUGCCAACUCCGCCGUGGUCUUGACAACCAUCAAAGUGGUGUUAUACUUGAUGAACUAUAUGGAGGAUGAAAGUCUUAUACGUAUGCUGGAACGCAAAAUGGGCCCUCCUUUAGUCACUCUCCUGUCCUCAGGACCGGAAGUGCAAUAUGUAGCACUUCGGAAUAUCCUCCUUAUCAUACAACGUCGUCCCGCAGUUUUGCAAAACGAAGUGAAAGUCUUUUUCUGCAAGUACAACGAUCCGAUAUACGUCAAGCUCGCCAAGCUAGAAAUCAUGUACCGUCUGACAGGGGACGAGAACGUCACAGAGGUCCUCGCCGAGCUCAAGGAGUAUGCUUCAGAGGUUGACGUUGAUUUCGUCAGGAAAGCUGUUCGGUCGAUAGGAAGGUUAGCCAUCAAAAUAGCGUCGUCAAGCGAUCAGUGCAUUUCAACCCUUCUUGGACUUAUGGGCACCCGGAUAGGGUAUGUCGUACAAGAAGCAAUAGUGGUGAUAAAAGAUAUCUUCCGUCGGUAUCCGAAUCAAUAUGAGAGCGUGAUAGGGACCUUGUGUGAGAACUUGGACGUGUUGGAUGAACCAGAGGCGAAGGCGGCGAUGAUCUGGAUUGUGGGACAGUACUCGGAUAGAAUAGAGAACUCGGAUGAGUUGCUGGAUGAUUUCAGUUUCACAUUCAAGGAGGAGCCUGCGGAGGUUCAACUGGCCAUCUUGACUGCUGUUGUCAAAUUAUUCAUCCGGCGGCCAUCUGCAGCAUCUGAACUGUUGCCGAAAGUGUUGAAGCUCGCCACGGAAGAAGCGGAGAAUCCCGACCUGCGGGAUCGAGGAUUUAUGUAUUGGCGAUUAUUGACCACCAAUCCAACAGCUGCCAGGGAGAUCGUCCUAUCGGAGAAGCCAAUAAUUUCCACCGAGACGGACCGGAUGGAUAAAGGCAAUUUAGACCAAUUGCUAUUGUUUACUGGCACACUUGGGAGUAUAUAUCACAAACGACCUCAUGAAUUCAUCCGUACCGCACGACCCAAAUACCUACCCGACUCCCCCGCCUUAAACUCUUCUUCCAGACGACACCUCAUUACUCCUCAAGGAGGACCUUCCACCGUACCCCGCAUAGUGACAUCAUCCAACGCACCAACCAUCCCGACUCGUCCUUCCGCAGCAUCCACCACAGCUCUUGCCCCUACGUCAAAUCAUGGAUUGGCGGCCGUCGCUGGCGAUGGUAACAAUGGAUCACCUGUCACUCCCACGGUGGAUGGAGGGUUGUUUGGUGAGGAUCCAUAUGGUCAAUUAGGGGAUUUGGAGUUUAUGGAUUCUUCGGGUGGUUAUACGACGGAUGCUCCGAAGCCAAGAGGAGCGGAAGAGGAUUUGUUAUUUUAGUCAUGACCGCGAUGUAUCUUCUUCAAGCUG